UUUAUUGGCAGAAGUUCCUUAACAUUAAAGGGGUUUUCCCGUGUACAUUUCGCUGUGGCAAUAAUCAGCUGAUAAAUUCCCGGUUAUAAAAUGUGUUAAUCGGUUUGUGUUUUGUUAAAGCAUAGUGGCCACCAUGGAGAUGGGCGUCUGUUUUCCCUGGACACCGCCACGGAGUACAGAUUGUAUACGGAAAAGUCAAACGGGCAGGUCAAGCAGGACAGCGCAGGCAAGCCCUGUUUCUGAUCUAAAGGAGGGGAUGGCCCGCUCUAGCCCCCUCACGUCCCUGCCCGGGAUGCCGCGCGAGCUGCUGGCCGUUCCCAUGGAGCCCAAGUACCUGUGCCUGCAGUGCCGGGGGGUCCUGAGGAAGCCUUUCCAGGCACAGUGUGGCCACCGCUUCUGCGUGCACUGCCUCACGCAGCUCACCAGCUCAGGACCUAAGCCUUGCCAAGCGUGUCAGCAGGAGGCGAUAUUUGAAGAACCGCAGUCCAUCCUCAAAAUAAGCGACGCUUUUCCAGACAAUGCAGCACGAAGGGAAAUUGACAGCCUGCCAGCCAACUGCCCCAAUGAAGGCUGCUCCUGGAAGGGGAAAAUAAAGGAAUAUGAGGAGGGACACGAGGGAAAGUGCGAGUUUGAGCGCACCACGUGCGAGGCGUGCCACGCCGUGAUCCUGCGCAAGGACCAGAGCCUGCACAACGAGCGGGAGUGCGAGGAGAGGACCCUCAACUGCAAGUACUGCAAGGUCACCUUCAACUUCAAACAAAUCAAGGCUCACGAUGAAGUUUGCCAGAGGUUUCCUGUUCAGUGCAAGGACUGCGGAAAGAAGAAGAUCCCCAGGGAAAAGUUUCCAGACCAUGUCCUGUCGUGCGUGAAGUCCCGGACGGCCUGCUCGUUCGGCGUGGUCGGCUGCUCGGCUGUGGUGGAGAGCGAGAAGCGGACGGACCAUGAGCAGUCCAGCUACCUGGAGCACCUGCGCCUCCUGCUGGAUGAGCUGGGGCGACUGCGCCAGCAGGCUGACGGGCCCGGAGAAUGGCAGGAGGACUCCGGGCUGGGGCUGUACCGCGCCCCGGAGGAAGGGGCGCCCCUCGCUGGCAGCGGGGGCAGGGACGUGGGCGGGGCCAGAGGGGCCCAGGCCGGCGACCUCCUGGUGAAGAAGGUGGCGGCGCUGGAGAACAUUGUGUGCGUGCUGAACCGCGAGCUGGAGAGAACGGGCCUCACUCUGGAGGCCUUCACCCGCCAGCACCACCUGGACCAGGAGAAGAUCGACGGACUCAGCAAUAAGGUGCGGCAGCUGGAGCGCACGAUAAACAUGCGGGACUUGCAGCUGGCCGAGACUGAAGGCACCCUGCGGGAGCUCACCUACUGCACCUACGACGGCGUCUUCAUCUGGAAGAUCACCGAAUUCUCCCGCCGCCGCCAGGAGGCUUUGGCCGGACGAGCCCCCGCCAUGUUCUCCCCAGCGUUCUACUCCAGCAAGUACGGCUACAAAAUGUGCCUGAGGCUGUACCUCAACGGGGACGGGACGGGCCGCGGGUCGCACCUCUCGCUUUUUUUUGUGGUGAUGAGGGGCAAAUACGACGCCCUGCUCAAGUGGCCCUUCAGUCAGAAGGUUACGCUGAUGCUGCUGGAUCAGAACAACCGGGAGCACAUCAUCGACGCCUUCCGGCCCGACGUCAGCUCCACCUCCUUCCAGAGGCCCAUCAGCGAGAUGAACAUCGCCAGCGGCUGCCCGCUCUUCUGCCCGCUGGCCAAGCUGGCGGGCAAGAGCUCCUACCUGCGGGAAGACACCGUCUUCAUCAAGGCCAUCGUCGACCUCACGGGCCUCUAGUGCUCCCGGGUGCUAGAGGCCCGAAAUAUAAAUCAAUGUCCAGUGUAUGGAGUCUCAUUCCUUCGGCGGCCCAUAAAAACAACCACGCUACAAAAGCAAAAGUGCAGACGUAAAGGGAAACGCGCUCCAAAUCCAGAAAUGACGCAAGUUUCGAAUGUAAAAGGAAAACGUGCUGCAAGCGAUGCAAAUUCAGUAACCCGCUAAAAACAUAUUAUAAUAAUAAUAAUAAGAUAAAUUUUAAUUCAACAGGCGAGUAUGGCGGCGAAACCAGGUGGCACAACCAAAGUGCUCCACGCAGCUAGGGGGAGCCACACAAAAGAGUGUGCUGUUGUUGUACGGCGAGCAAGACUACUUGUUUUGACUCGCCAGCGGGAAGACCCGUGCACGGCUGUAACGCGGAAGAGGCCGAUCUUUCAAUGGCAACGCGUUCCCGUCGUCGCGUUCGCGGGCGUUCUCGAAAAACUUGCGUCGCCUCUGGAUUCGGAGCGCGUUUCCAUUAACGUCUGUGCUUUUGCUUCCGAAGCGUGAUCGUCCUUGUGGACCGCACUUUGCAAAUUGUGCAAAUUUGUGCAAGGAACGAAAAUGGGCAUAAACUCACAUGUAUGAACCCCACAAUUACGGACAGGAGUAGCAGUAUUAAGCCUUUUACUACAAUGUGAAGUGUCACAAAAGCAAAUGCAGUUGGUCAAGCUUGACUCAUAGUAUCUCUCAAUUUCUUUCUUAGAAAGGAGAGAGGAUAUCGAUUUGUAUCUUUCUUGUCAGCAUUACAAACAGUAGUGAAGAGUGAAUAAGCAUAGAGCAAAAACGGUGAACGAUCUAAGGGAGACCCUAAGGCUCGUAGCUACAAGUGAGAGCUACCGAUUUAAGAAGUAAUUUUAAUAAUCGUAUAAUUCCAAUUCCAAGGGUGUAAAUUCUUGUGAAAAAUUGUGGUUAUUCGAUAUUAAUUUUUAUUAAUAACUAAAAAUAUUAAUAACUAAAAACGAAUUCUUCCUGUCUCUCUACACUUUCUAUCAAAGAAGAUAAAAAUAUAUAUUUAAAAAAAUAAAAAAAAUAAAAAAACGGAAAUUGGAACAUAACGGCAAAAAAAAAAAAAAAAAAUCACAUUGGCGGGUCGAAUCCGACCGCCAAUCUUUGUUGCACGUCUCUCCCUCUCUCUCCUUCUAAUUCUUCCUGUCUCUCUUCACUGUUCUAUCAAAUAAGUUGAAAAAGCCCAAAAAAAAGUAUAUAUAUAUUUAAAAAAAAAAUUUAAAAAAAUGGAAAUCGGAACAUAACGCCAAAAACCUCUAAAUCGACAGCAAUUUCAGUUUCUAUAAUUUUGUUUAAAAGUCAGUCGGCAACACGUGUAAAAUGAUUUGAUUCUCGUUUUUCAAUUUAAGGGAGAAGGGUCCAGAGGCUACGGUGCACCCCAGGGGUCAAAUGUUGAUAAAGCAUUGAUGUGGAAAUCUGGGCAAAGAUUCCUACGUUUGACGUAGACGGCCGCUAGCUUGUGAAAUUCCUGGGCAGUUAGUUUGAUAGCUAAUGAACAAACCGUCUGUGGUACAGUUCAGGCUAAUAAUCCAUGUCCGUGUGGUAGUAGCGAGACGGUGAGACCACACCUUUUAGAAGUUUAAGAGGGAAAACGACUCUCCGUUUAUUUUGCAGAAAAGACAGAAUAAAAACUCUGUCGCAGAUCUACAUGUAACCCCCCGCUAGGGAAAUGGGAAACGUAGGCUCAAGGAAUUACUACCGAUGGCAGGGAGAAGGAUAACUAACAUAUACCAAUAUAAACAUGGGCAGGAUGGCCAUAAAUUAUACCUGCAGCCAUUUACUCAUUAAUUACUAUGUGAGUGAGUGGCCACCUCACCCGCAGAUUUCCACAUCGAUUUUAUUUCUACAUUUGACCCCUGGGGUGCUCCGUAGCCCCUGGACCCUUCUCCCUUGAGAAAACAGAAAUCAGAGCAUGACACCACAAACUUUAAAAUCGACAGCAAUUUCAAUUUCUGUAAUUUUAUGUUCAAAAUCAGUGAGCAACACGAAUAACCAUCUGAUUUACGUUUUGAAAUUUCUGAUUUAAAGACUAAUAUCGAAUAACCAUUAAUUUCUUGUUUUUUUUUUUUUUUUCAUUUCCGAUGCUGAAAUGCAAAACGAUUAGGCAAAAAGUACACGGAUCUUUGUCUAAUGUCUUUUUAAGAAUGGAAAAAGUGAUGUUUCUGUUUAAUGCUGAUUUUUCAUUAGUGGUAAGUAAGAAGCUUAACGACAAAUUUGCUACUCUUUGGUUCGUAUCUGGGGUUCUAAAGGGGGUUAAUAUAAAAAUAUAAUAAUAAAAUAUUAAAUAAAAAUAUAUUAUAUUGGUGAUAAAGCCUAUAAAUAAAUGGAAUACAUAUAUUAUUGUUAUGCAAAAUAUGAGAAUGAGUUGCAUAUGUUGUGGAUUAUAAAACCAAUUAUAAAUAUAAAUAUAUAAAUUAUACAAUUACAAAUGUGUGUAAUUGUAUAGCUUCAGUACUAAUGCAACAAUUGUGUGGUGAACACGCAUAUAUAGAAAUUAUACGUACAUAACAUGGGUAUCAUUGAAAGAAUGGAUAGUGUGUAUAAGUUGCCCAGCAUUCAUUCUCAGUAUGCAUUUCAAUUUAUUAAUUAGAUAAUGAAUGUUAUGUUAUAUAAUGCCCUGAGGUGUAUAGAAGGCAAGGGGGAAGACUCCAUACAUGAAAAUUUACAAAUUAAUUAUAUUAUCCUUUGAAAUCUUUACUUGUUUAAUUCAUUUUUAUUAAGUUCAUUUUUAUCUACUCCUUUUAGCCAAUGUCACUAUUCUCUUUUGUCUCUUCUUUUGAUCACUGUGUAAUUGUAUGAAAUACAUAAUUAUUCUGAAAUAGGUUCCAGUAGGGAUGCAAAUGUUGUGCAGUUCUUUUAAUCAAUAGCCAGUGGCCAUUAAUAGAUUAAUACUGAUAAGCUUAAAGUUACAAUCUCGAAGAUUUCCGUUUCGUUCUCUUUGGCGGUACCAAUGGCGAGAAGCGGUAAUUGCAGGUGUGUUUUUGGACCUCACUUCCCAUAGAUCCAACCGGAUCCAACCAGUGUCAACUGUGUGACGUCAGUCAGUUGGCACCUGGGCCACGGCAACUAUAACAUGUACUAUUUACUGAAUAAAAAAUGGUUGUUAUAAAAGUAACAUUAUGUACAUACUCAUUCAUUGUCUAACGUUAGGCUAACUUAAGCUGUCUUUACACUGCUGAGCCGGGUUAAAAUGCUGUAGCAGACCUGGGGUAGAAUUAGUGAUGAUCAAUUUCCACAAACGUUCUUUAUCCACCUUUUGCUUGGUAUGAACAUCUUUACACUGCAGAGAAGAAUCCGCGGGAUUCGCUGUGGCUCGUGCAAUUAUGUACCUCGUGCGCAACAAACAGUCUUUUUCGUGAAUGAUUGCUGUGUGAUAUUUUUGAAACAACUGCCUUGCAAAAUGUUACCCCUGGUGUUUCUGGUUUUGCUAGCUAAACUGUUUGAGGAUAAAGCUGAGCUGGGUGUUAAAUUCGCAAUCAGAACAAGAAGAAUAAAACAAAAACAAAGGAGAUUUCAUCAAAAAAGGGCAUCAAGGCUGAAGGAACAUAUGAGGAAGCAUAAUAAAAUAACGAUAAUUCAUACUACCGUAUUCUUUUUAGUUUUCUCCGGCUUGACAUCUUUACACAGAAAUCAGCUCCACCUAUACCCCAGCAUUAUUCCGAUCAUUAUAAUAUAUUGAUGAACUUGAUGGCGAUGUAAAUAACGGUAACGUUAAGGCCAGUUCAGAUCAAUGAUUCGCAACGAGACGAAACGGUUUUAGAAUGUUGCAGCGGUGUGAACUGGUUAGUUGCAGAGCGUCUGAAGCCGUUGCCUGGGGUCUCAAAAGACCCACCUUGUCAAAUUGCCAAGUGCAGUUUUAGAACGUUUAAACUCACACGUCUUGGAAUUUUGCAAGUUGCAUCCAUUCUCGUUGCGAAUCAUUGAUCUGAACUGGCCUUUAGUUAGCUACAUUGCAACGUUGCAACAAGGUAGCAUUGCAUUCGAGAGGCGGUUUGCGAGGUCGGUACCGGUCAGUAGCGUUAGCUAGCGUUUUUUCUAAUUGUUAGCUGACAUUAGAUUGUGUUAAUUAGCUAGCUAGCUAACGCAACGUUACCUGAUAUGAAAGGUGGAUACUGUGCGCAACGCUGUCUAAACUAAUGUUGCCUUUCUUGACAUGGUCCGGUAGCUAUCGUUAGCUGUGCAAAUAGCUAUGUAAUUUAGUAACGUUACAUUGUCAUCAAAUGUAAUACGAAAUCUACAUCAACAAAUAUGACCUCUCAUGUUACACAAAAAUCUUUAGGGUUCCAUACCCACCCCCCCCCCCUUUCUCUGUUAUUGUAACACUAGAAGACACCAGAAAAAACAGUACGCCGCUCACACACAAGUCAGUUGAAGAGCGAGCCUGUUGUGUUAGCUCUGCCUACCCUCUCUGGCGGACCAACCACUGAUGGGUGAUGGAAAACGCAUCACUAACUAUGCGCCGCUUGUGAUUUUUUUCCCGGUGAUGUCGCCACAGACAAGUUCUUUAAUCAUAAAUUAUUAUUACAAUAAUAAUAUAAAUUAAUAUAAUAGGCUCAAUCACCAUUGUGUUACCUAAUUUGGCAAUAGAUAGUGACUUAACAGACAUUUAUUUUAAUGAAAAUCUUCAGAGAUUAUUACUUUAAAAUCUAUACUAUGGUCUAUUAAAAAUGACUCAAAAUAGGCCUUCCAAUUAAAUGGUUGUGUAUAUCUGAGAGAUUUAAGCCAUGUCUCAACAGUCAUUAGAAGAGGAUUUUACAUUGUGCAUUAAUGGCAAAAAAACAAAAUAUUGCAAACACGAAAUUUGCGCAGGAGAGUAGGACCGCUGACAUUUUUAUUAUCGGGUAACUGAACUGAACUCCAGGUGGAGGCAAGAGAUAUUGCUUGUUAAUUGCUUUAUAUUUUUGUAACCGCUUUAGGUUCAUUUGUAGUCGCUUGUAGCAGCUAUAUAUUCAUAUAACAAAAAAAGUGGUUGCAUAAUAAAUUUAAAAAUCAAUCCCUUCAAUAAUAAAAUUUGUAUUCUAUAGUGCAAGUAUAGUAGGCUGUUUGUUUUCAAUAAAACAAUAUAAUAAAUGA